AUUACAACCUCGCAUUGUCUGUUUCGAAGUUGUACUGUACGCCUCGUGUUUCGCAUAUCAAACACACGUGUUUUAAAAAAUAUGUAAUAAUGUAUCAAGUUUUGUAUUUUGUUCAAAAUGUGAAUUUGUUGAAAUUGUAAUAGUGUAGUGUGUUAUUUUUUGUCUGUUUUAACGGUUGAGUGGAUAAGUCUGUUAUCAGUGAUCGCCAUGUCUGAAAGAAACGGGGGUGCUACAGUGCCUCGAAGUGACACCGAUGACGUCGAAUUGAGGAACUUGUCAUCUGAUAACAGUGACAAAAGGACGCGGUUUCAAGUGAAUAGAGUACGAAGUGAAAGCCACAAUACGGACAAAGAUGGAAAGGAUUCCGUCGGUAUUCUCACAGAGGAUGAUAACACUGACGAUGACGAUUUGCAUUCGGUCACAGAUAGGACACGACUCAACUCGGAGUAUGCGAAGAGUUUCCGACACUUGACACGAGAGGCUUUACCGAGACUAGACAACUACAGAAACAUAAUGUCAAUACAAGCUGCAAACAGACCAACUCUUGAUGAACUUCACAAUGCCACUCUACCCAACAAGGGGACUUCCCUAACAAAUAUAAACGACAAAUCUGGCGACAUUGACGGUCAAAUAAAAUUCGGAUGGAUCCAAGGAGUCUUAAUUCGAUGUCUGCUCAACAUUUGGGGUGUUAUGCUUUUUCUCCGAUUGUCCUGGGUUGUAGCUCAAGCUGGAGUAGGCCAAGCUAUUCUUCUUAUUCUAACAACGACUGUGGUGACGUCCAUAACAGCUUUAUCCAUGUCGGCCAUCAGCACCAAUGGUGUCAUCAAAGGAGGAGGGACGUACUACAUGAUUUCACGCAGUUUAGGCCCGGAAUUCGGAGGUUCAAUCGGUCUUAUUUUCUCUUUGGCUAAUGCAGUGGCUUGUGCCAUGUACGUGGUUGGUUUUUGCGAAUCUCUCAAUUCGUUACUUACAACACACCAUCUCUUCAUCAUUGAUGGAAGUGUUCAAGAUGUCCGAAUUAUCGGUACUCUUACUAUUGUAGCACUGACGCUAGUCGUUGUGAUUGGAAUGGAGUGGGAGGCAAAAGCACAAGUCGGCCUUCUUGUAAUCCUCCUAGUGGCUAUUUUAGAUUUUUUCAUUGGAAGUUUCAUCGGGCCGACGAAACAAGAAUCGAUCGACAAAGGAUUUGUUGGCUACAACUUAACUGUUUUACGCGAGAAUUUUUAUCCGGAUUAUAGAACAUCGCAAGGUGUGAAUCAUAAUUUCUUUACAGUUUUUGCUGUUUUUUUCCCGGCGGCUACUGGGAUUUUAGCUGGGGCCAACAUUUCCGGUGACCUUAAGGAUCCUCAGAAGAGUAUCCCCAAAGGGACUCUCCUUGCAAUUGCUAUCACCACGUUGUCUUAUAUUUUAAUGGCAUUUAUUUGUGGAUUUACGGUGGUUAGAGACGCAACCGGUCCUUUGGACAUCACCAGUGUAACACUCAACUUGACAAAUGAAACUCUAGCUAAUGUUACAAGUAUUAAUGUAACAAGUGUUAAUGUUACAAUUCCUGCGACGGGACCUUUUCAAUUCGGUCUACACAACGAUUUUCAAGUGGUGGAGUUGGUAGCUUGGUUCGGUCCAAUUAUCUACGCUGGUUGUUUUGCUGCUACUUUAUCUUCGGCACUCGCUUCGCUCGUUUCGGCACCUAAAGUAUUUCAGGCUUUGUGCAAAGAUAAACUCUAUCCAGGGAUCGAAUGGUUUGCCAAAGGCUAUGGGAAAAAUAACGAACCGAUGAGAGGAUAUGUUCUUACUUUUGUUAUAGCAGUUGGAUUUAUUUUAAUAGGAGAAUUGAAUGUGAUUGCUCCGUUGAUAUCAAACUUCUUCUUAGCUGCUUACACUUUGAUCAAUUUCUCGACGUUUCAUGCCUCUUUGGCCAAACCGGUCGGCUGGAGACCCACAUUUAAGUACUACAACAUGUGGUUAAGCCUCGCCGGCGCCAUCCUUUGCGUCCUGGUCAUGUUCUUGAUUUCAUGGUGGACAGCUUUAAUAACCUUCGCCGCAGUCCUCGCCCUUUAUUUGAUAGUUUCCGUCCGAAAACCCGACGUUAAUUGGGGCUCGACCACUCAGGCCCAAAUUUACAAAAACGCCCUUCAAUCAGUCCAACAAUUGAACGCCGUUGAAGAACACGUCAAAAAUUACAGACCACAAAUUUUAGUUUUAUCAGGAAUGCCAAGUGCACGACCUGCUUUAGUCGACUUUGCAUAUUUGAUCACGAAAAAUCAGUCUUUGCUAGUGUGUGGACACAUCAACACUAGUCGGUUGCAUCAAAGAGUGCGAGAUAUGCUUAAUUCCAAAGCGAAUGGUUGGUUAAGGGCCCACAAAUUGAGGGCUUUCUACAUGCAAGUCGAUGGGCAAAACUUCGAAGAAGGUUGCACUUCCUUACUUAAGGCUUGCGGUAUAGGAAAAUUGCGGCCCAAUAUUCUCCUAAUGGGGCACAAAUCUGAUUGGCAGAAGUGCUCCAAGGAGGAUCUCGAACAGUAUUUCGGUGUUUUGCACAAAGCGUUAGAUUUGCAUUUGAGUGUUGGUAUUUUGCGACUGCAAGAAGGCUUCGAUUUCAGUCAUCAAGACCCGAAAAUCAAGAACAGCACUGAGUCUUUACCAAGAAAUCAGUCCUACAGUCACAUGUCUCAAGCCAGUAGUAAUAGUGAUCUUUCGGUGCCUAACACUCCCGUUUCGAAGAACCGGGAAGUGGUUAAUGUUUGUCCCAGUGCUGAGGACUCGGCGAAGAAGCCCAAGUCAGUGGGGGGCUCUUUGAGUGAGAUCGUCGUGGACGACUACGUUGACAGGGAGAGGAUAAGUCAGAUGUUUUUGUUCCAGAAGAAACAGAAACGGGGGGUUAUUGACGUGUGGUGGCUAUAUGACGAUGGAGGCUUGACUUUGCUGCUUCCGUACAUCAUAAGCACCAGAAGAAACUGGAGCACUUGCAAAUUACGCGUUUUCGCACUAGCGAACAAGCGAGAUGAACUCGAACUGGAACACAGAAACAUGGCUAGUCUUUUGGCCAAGUUUCGAAUUGAUUAUUCCGACUUACAGGUCGUUUCUGACAUUACGAAUAAGCCAACAGACAUGACACUGCAAUUCUUCGAUCAAUUGAUCGCCGAUUUCCGGAAACCGGAAAACGAAAAUGAUCCAAAUUCGGUUCAAAUAACAGAUUCGGAAUUAAUGGCAGUCAAAGACAAGACUAAUCGCCAUUUGAGAUUACGGGAGCUUCUUUACGAGCAUUCGUUCAAUUCGCAGAUGAUCGUGAUGACUCUACCGAUCCCGAGGAAGGGUAUAGUGUCUGCUCCACUGUACUUGGCUUGGUUGGAAGCUCUGACUAGAGAUAUGCCUCCUAUGCUUUUGGUUAGGGGGAAUCAAACGUCCGUCCUCACUUUUUACUCUUAAUUAUUUUGUAGUAAUUUUAUUUGUAGUGAACAAUCUCACUUGUAUUGAAAAUACUCAGCGAAUGUUGGUUUUUAUGAUCAGGCUUAAGUUGUUUGGUGCAAGUAGAAGUUAGUGUAGUAUUUUUGAAUACUUUACAAAUGUUUUGAGUAUUGUAUUAUUUUUUAACUCUGAUGAUGAUGAUUUGAAAAGUAUUAGUACAUGAUAGCUUCUUAAGUCUUAUUUUAUUUAAUCAUAAUAAAAUUGUCUUUUUAUAA